AUGAGGACUUACCUCAAGUUACCCACAGUUUCAGAGGACAGUCGUGACUGGACUCUGAACAUAAACAAGAUGACUCUUCAGUGGCCCUCUCUCAUCCUCCUCUUCAGUUCGCUGAUCUGCGUCCACUCUCUUCCAGUUGCAGUACUUCACACCAAAUACAUUACUUCUUAUCGUCUUGUGCUAUUCACAAGAUGCAGGGUCCAGCAAUUGCUAACGAAAUAUAAAGAAGAGCAGCUUGGAAGCAAGGAUUAUGAAGACAGGAGUCAACACCUGAAAGAACUCCCAUCAUUGUCCACGGAUUUCUACAGCUGGCUUAAAAUGACAGACGAGGAGAGACUUGGCACGGCGCUCUGGGACGUGCAGGUGUUCUGGGACAUCCUGAAGUGGAAAAGAGAGCAGCUCACAGCUGCAGACUCACACAGCCCUUUACAUCAGAGCAUGCAACAUAUCGAGUGUGACCUUCGUGAUCUUACGAGACAAGUGAUCCACCAGAUGAACCACACGGGCAGCACUCGGGCUCCCGUGGGGCGCACAGUGUCUGUGCGCAGCGGCAGCCGCACUCGCUGGGACAGUCGAGUGGAAGGAUACAUCAUCCUGAGGGAUCUAAACCUGUACCUCACAAAACUCGCUCGGGACUUCCUCCUCCUGGCAACCAAAGCAAGUCCCACUACGGGAGCCAUGAGAAGGGAAACCAUGUGA